CCUAAGUAAUAAUGAUCUUUGUAUUAAUGACUUUUCAGAAAAUAAAAAAUGAUAAUGAAAACAAGGAUUACAUGAGUAUGACCAGACACGUGGAAAUCAAGCUGAAAAAGACAUCGGUUACAUACUCUUGUCUCUCUUUCUUGUGUCAUCACCAACUUUCACUCUUAUUAUUUCUCCAGCCAACUCACCGCCUGAAUUCCUCCUCCAUUCCGAUCAUCCACACCACCUCAUUUCACCAUCGCCGGUGUAACAAACUCCGAAAUGCCGAUUCAAAACACUCAUCAACCAUCACUUGACGGUAACGGUAACGGUAGUAAUCCGGCAUUGAACUUCAACUCGUGCGUGAGUAGAGAUAUGAAGAAAUUCUCUCAGUGGGAGCUUUACGCACUUUCUCGCUCUUCAUCCGACGGUCCUGACGAAGGAAACGACGUCGUAAAGAAAGUCGACUCCGAUUCCCGGUAUACCGGCUCAACCGCCGCCGUUAACACCACUCCGAGGAGAAUUUACGCCUUCUCCUACCGCCGUGGAUAUCGCCGUCGCGUUCCCGAUGACGUCAGCGACGGCGACGCUGACGUACAGGUGAGGGAGAACAAGUUGAUUUUGAAUUCGUUACGGAGAUUAGUUACGGACGGAGAGGCGUACGAUAGCAGAGGCACAGCGGUUCCGGCGCACGGUAGCAGAGCAUCGGCUGCUCCGGCGUACGAUAGCAGAGGCACGGCGGUUCCGGUGGUGGCGGUGGAGGAAAACCCUAGCGGAGUGAAGAAGAGGAAGAGGAAGAGGAAAGUGGAGAAUGAGAGUGAAUAUAAGGGUUUAGAUUUUGUUGAUGUGAAUGGAGAGAUGAUUGAUUUGAAAUAUUUGGUGUGUGAGGCUGAUGGUGUGUUUGAAGCUAGAUUGAAUAGGAUGACUGAGGGGAUGGCGAGGGAGGAUGAGUUUCUAGGGUUUUUGAACGGUUUGGACGGCCGGUGGGGGAGUACUAGGAGGCGGAGGAAGUAUGUCGAUGCUGCGCUGUUUGUGAAAGCGUUGCCGGUUGGGUGGAAGGUGUUGCUGUCGUUACGCCCUCGGGUUCGACAGCCGUCACUUUAUUGCCGGAGAUUCGUCAGUCCGUCGGAUGAACACUUUAAAUCUUGCAAAGACGUUGCAUUCUACUUGAAAUCUCAAUUCGAAACAAAUAAUGCUAAUCCUGCUGAAGUGGGUCUUGGAUCAGGAGCUCUAGUUCAUAUAUCAUCUCAUCCUGCUUCAAAAAUCAACCUUUUGGAAAGUAACAGCUUGCAUAAAGUUCCAACACACAAUCUGAUCAAGUGUAAUAUCUGUAGGGAUUCAUUUACAUCCAUAGAUGAAUUAGAAUCGCAUAUGCAAAACUAUCAUAUGAUAAACAGUCAAAGGUUAGAUAUGGAUGCUUUGACCAGAAAACGCUCAGUACCCCACGGUCUGCUUCUCAUUCGAGAGCCCAAGUAUCCGCCCUCAAUCAUUCAGAAUUCUGUAACACAGAAAACAGCUGUUGAAAAUAAGGAUGCUGUAACGAGGCGUAAUGAGCUGAAUAAUAUCCCUCUAAAUGGAGAAGGAACAUCAAAUGAACGGAAAAACAGUUCUGAAGGGAAGGGAAACUUUAAGACGAGAUGUGUCUUUUGUCAUGUUGAAUUCAUUCAUGAGCCUGUCGAUGCAGAAACUCUUGCUAGUUCAUCUGGUUUCAUUUGUUCAAAAUGCAGAGAUGACACUUCUGGGUCGCUUGAAAGCGGUUUGUCCAUGUGGACUCAGCGUGUUGACAACUGAUGCGUUUUGACCUAACGCUGCCACCUUUUUUCGAGCCUGAGUUUAUAUUUAAAGAAAUUGGUGGGAGCUCUUGGUGGAUGCUUAUGUAUGUAAGUGUGCAGUUUUUCUUACACCUAUAGCUAGCAGCUGAUCAUACUUUUGCUGGACAAGUGGACAAAGUUACAAAAGUCCUUUUAAAGUUUAACUUAUUAGUCAACAAAUCGCUUUAAGGUCUUAUAGAGUUAUAUACUUAUAUGCUAUGCAUUGUGAACUAUAUCUAGCAUAGAUAUUUUGUUUGGUUUCGUUUCAGCUUUUAAAUGCGAAUCUUUUGGUCGGU